CUCUACUCUAUAUAUCAGUAAUUCCAUCGAGCGCAAACACUGCACCAUAAAGCUUUCAUCAUACUAUUUCUAACUUUCAUCUCAUGGCUCUGCUACCCUCCUCCUCCGCCAAUGGAUUCGCCCACGAUGUGUUCCUCAGCUUUCGAGGGACUGAUACUCGCCAAGGUUUCACUGGAAAUCUGUAUAAAGCUCUCCAUGACAAAGGAUUCCGCACCUUCAUUGAUGAUGAGGAGCUUCACAAAGGGGAGCAAAUCACACCAUCACUUCUCAAGGCAAUUGAACAGUCCAAGAUUGCCAUCGUUGUUCUCUCUGAGAACUACGCAUCUUCGUCGUUCUGCUUGGAAGAACUUUCCAAGAUCAUUGACUGCAUUGAGGAAAAGGGUCAGUUGGUCUGGCCGGUUUUUUAUGAUGUGGAUCCUUCUGAUGUGCGAAAGCUGACAGGAGCUUAUGGAGAAGCAAUGGCUAAGCAUGAGGAGAGGUUCAAGGAUCACUUGGAGAGGUUGCAAAAAUGGAGGAAGUCUUUGCAGAAAGUAGCUAACUUGUCUGGAUGGCAUUUCAAACAAGGGGAUGGAUAUGAAUAUGAGUUUAUUGGGAAGAUCCUUGAAGAAGUCUCAAGAAAUAUCAAAUGUGUUACUUUACAUGUUGCUGAUUACCCAGUUGGAUUGGAGUCCAAAGAGUCAAAUUUCAAAUUGCUUUUGGAUGUUGGGUUUGAUGAUAGAGUUCACAUGGUAGGAAUCCAUGGGAUUGGCGGUAUUGGUAAAACAACCCUUGCUCUAUCAGUUUAUAAUUCAAUUGCAAGCGAUUUUGAAGGUUCUUGUUUUCUCGAAAAUGUUGGAGAAAAUUCAAAUAGAUAUGGGCUACUACAUCUUCAAAAGACCCUUCUUUCUAAAAUAAUUGGAAAAAUGAAUGUUGACUUAACAAGUGUUAAGGAGGGAAGCUCAAUAAUACAACAUAGGCUCCGACAAAGGAAGGUUCUUUUGAUUCUAGAUGAUGUCGACAAGCGGGAGCAAUUGGAAGCUAUUGUUGGUAGGCCGGAAUGGUUUGGUCCCGGCAGUAGAGUAAUUAUUACGACACGGGACCAACAAUUGCUAACAAGUCAUAUGGUUGAAAGAAAGUAUGAGAUGGGGGAGUUGAAGAAUGAAGAUGCUCUUAAGUUGCUCAAAUGGAAGGCCUUCAAAACUAAUGAAAUUAGUCCAAGUUAUGUUGACAUUUUAUCCCGUGUAGUAACUUAUGCUGCUGGUCUUCCAUUGGCUUUGGAAGUUAUAGGUUCUUACCUGUAUAAAAAAAGCAUAGAAGAAUGCAAACAUGCAUUAGAUCGGUAUGAAAAGAUUCCCAUUCAAGAGAUCCAAAAGGUACUCAAGGUGAGCUAUGAUGCAUUGGAUGAAGAAGAGAAGAGUGUUUUUCUUGACAUUGCUUGUUGCUUCAGAGGAUAUAAGUUGACAAAACUUGAAAAAAUACUUCAUGCUCAUUAUGAUGACAACAAGAAACAUCACAUAGGAGUGUUGGCGGAAAAAUCUCUAAUUAAAAUUAUUGGGUUUGGUUAUGUGACAUUACAUGACUUGAUAGAGGAUAUGGGCAAAGAAAUUGUCCGACAAGAAUCUCCGGAAGAGCCUGGAAAGCGCAGUAGGUUGUGGUUUCAUAAAGAUAUAGUUCAAGUUUUAAGAGAAAAUACGGUGAGUGAGAUUGGUAUGGAUAGUUUUGCCUUUCAUCUUAAACUUCGACUUAUCUCUUUUAACUAUUACUGCUAUGAAUAUUGACACGGUACUCCUUUUCCUCCUUAUAGUAUGUAAAUUUCUCUAUAUACUUGUGUUGAAGUUCUUAUAUAUAUAUAUAUGCAUGUAUAUCAAUUGAUUUGUCA